AUGACACCGCACACCAUCGCCUCCCUCCCACGCAUGAGCGCAACCACACUCUCCGAAAUCCUCCUCUCGCACAGCACCUCCAACCUCGAUGCUCCCUCUGCGCCGCCCAACCUCGCAAUCAUCGACGUGCGCGACGACGAUCACAUCGGCGGGCACAUCAAACACUCGCAACACAUCGCGUCCGCGACGCUAGACCACCGCAUCCCAGAGCUCGUGCGCAAGCUCCAGGGAACAGAGACCGUCGUGUUCCACUGCGCGCUCUCGCAACAGCGGGGACCGCGCGCCGCACUCCUCUACCUGCGCGAGCGCGAGCAUGCGGAGAAGGAGGACGUCAAAGAGCAGAAGGUCUAUGUUCUGGAUCGCGGCUUCGUGGGCUGGCAGGAACAGUUCGGUACGGAUCCGAGGUUGACGGAGGGGUAUAGGAGGGAGAUUUGGAGAAAUGCGUAG